AUGGACAUUAUUACCAUUGAUUCUCCAUUGGGCAGCUAUGACAUUCUGGAUUACUCUGACAAACAAAGGAAGCCAUGGUCAAUUGCUGCUACAAUUUGUAUAAUUGUUGGGACUAUUUUUGGUAUGAUUGCAAUGGUGUUAUACUACAGAUACUUCCAUUCCAAGGGGCCGAUUCCAUGGAAAUAUGCAGAAGCUGAUAUUGAAUUAAACAAUAAAGUGUCCCACUCUUCUGGUAACAAUGCUAAUAAAGCCACUUCCUUGAGUCAUGUGCGGUCUUUCAAGACUUUAAACAAGAAUAAAACUGCCGAAACGUCUAGAAAUGAUACACCCGUAAUAGAACCAGCAUCACAAAUGGAGCAUGAGCAUGCUGACAAAAAGUUUUUGCUAGAUCAUUGGAUUGCUAGAUCCGGAUCUCCAACAUUUACAUCGGCGCCUGUCGGAAAUAUUAGUACUGACGCCUCUAGCAUUGAAAUAUAUUCUGUAGAAAACACUCCACAAUUGACUGUAAUAAAAAGAGACAAUUCCAAAAUAGAACAAAUGUACUUCGAAAUGAAC